AUGGAUCCUCAAAUUGGUUUGUUAUCACAAGUGCCUGCUGAUUUGCUUAAUAAACGAAGAACUGAAGAAAAUCUUGAGAAUAUAUUAAAUCAACAACAACCUUGGUCAUCGGCAACACCUGCACAUAAUGACGAAUUAUCUGUUGACUAUAUUAACUUGCAUCAACCAUCCUGUUCAUGGGCGUCACAACCGUCAUCUUCAUCAGCAGCACCAGAGCCUAUUGAAACCUACGACCGUGACUUGCCUGUCGCGUCUGUUAACUUGAAACAACCGCCAUCUUCAACAGCAGCACCAGCGCCUAUUCAAACCUGCGACCGUGACUUGUCUGUCGAGUCUAUUAACUUGCAACAAUCGGCAUCAGAAGUGCCAGCAGAAUAA